CACAACGCUAGAACACAUGCUUUUGUUUGAGUAGGGUGAGAGUGAAGGUUUGUUGAAUAGCAAAGAGUGAUGUUUACUUCUCAUAACUACUUCUACCACGCAUUUAUUUGGCCUUGACCACGUUUCUACAUUCAAAAGUUCAAGGAAAAUCCAUUUCAGCGCAUCUUUCAUUGACUGACAUUUCACUAUCAACAAUCAUUUUCAUCCGACGUUCACCUGACUGUUCUCCAAAAAUGAACAUCACAAAACCAUAUGGAUUCAGCAGUUACUCUUUCCCUGAGCAUGUGAUGCCAGUGGAAUUGGCCAUGCAUGCGCAGGUUAGCCCACCGGUGUCUCAGCUCCUUGGCAUGUCCGCUCUCAGGUCCUCUUCAUCCAACAUAUCCUCACCGGAGCUUCAAAGACCAAGAUUUUCACCUCCUUCCCCAUCAUCUUCACGGUCUUCCUCCAGUUCUAGCAGCUCCCUGUCCUCGUACUCUCCUGGCCGCGGCACACUACGCAAGAAGCAAGUUGUAUUUGCUGAUGCUAAAGGUCUCGCUCUUGCCACCGUGCGCAUCUUCACCACUGACCCUUCAGAGACGGAAACUGAAGAUGCCCCACAACCAGAGGAGAGCGUGAAGGCUAGAGCACCCAUGCAGAGUGCGAGACUGCGACUGAAGCUUGGUUUUCCACAGCCUAUUGCAGACCGUGCAAGCUUGAAGGAAACCUUAGUGCAGUUGGAGAGCUGUAGCUUGACCGAAAGGGUGUUGAGCGGAACUGUACGGGUCUGCAACAUUAAGUUCGACAAGACUGUCGUUGUCCACAUAACUUUUGACUCAUGGCGAAGCCACAAAGAAAUUGCAUGCACUUAUGUGAGGGAACCACAUGCAACUUUGGAGACCGACUUGUUUGCUUUUAAUGUGUCUCUACCAUCUGAGCUGGACCCAAAGGAGCACGUAGAAUUCUUAAUGGUGUUCCGACCCGGCAAUAGCAAUUUGAAACUUGUAGACAAUAACAAAGGUAAAAACUACCAGAUUUAUGUGGAAAACGUGGCACCGGAACCUCAGCUAGUGACACCAAGCAGGCGGAACUUUGUGGAAAACGUGGCACCAGAACCUUGGCUAGUGACACCAAGCAGGCGGAACUUUGUGGAAAACGUGGCACCAGAACCUUGGCUAGUGACACCAAGCAGGCGGAACUUCAUUAUACGAAGUCCUCAGCGUCUUUCUGCAUGGCCCGGGGUCAAAAGUCAUGAUCUACAGAAGAUGAAAAACUUGCCAUGCAAAGGCCCACAUUACCCGGACCGUCUGGUACUCAGGACCUGGGGAAGAAUGGCAAAUGUUGCUCCGUUGAGUUAAGAUGGGACUGAGACACAUGUGCCGUCCACAUUUCUACUUGAUCUCUAUUAGAUUUAAUUGCGGAUUCAACGAAGUGCAAAAAUGACUUUUUGCACCCCAGUGUUGUACAUAUCCCUUACUUGAAUGGACUAUCUUGUUCAGUGCUUGCUAGUUUGCACAUGCUGCUGAAGUGAAAUGUGAAUGUUUACUAUGAUACUUUUAUAUAAGUUUGAAUUGGUUUUAAUUUGCACAUUACACUUAAUAAUACAAUAGAAGUUUCACGGGACUCUCUCCCUAUUGUCACCUGCCUUUCCUGUGUCUGAAGAGGUAAAUUGAUAUGUAAAGGUGAAGCAUAAAAGAAUCCUUUGUAUAUAUGUAUAUAUAAUUAUGUAUUUAUUUUGAAGUCUCUCAUUAAAAAGAAACUGCUUUCCAUGAA